AUGUCCUCCGAAAGCUUGCCUAUUAAUCCCGCCGCCUUUGCCGAAGCAAUCAAAGAGCUUCCACUCUCGGCAGUCCACAGCAAACUCCUCGAGCUGCGUAACUCGAUCGCACACCUCCACCGAUCGAACGCUGAGAUGCGCCUCUUCCUAGCCGAAUCGGAGGAGACGGAAGAAGAGAAGAAGGAGCUACAGAGUUAUGUUGAGGAGAAUGAGGGUGUGGUCGUUUCUAUGAGUGAGAGGGUUGAGUUGAUUAAGACCGAGCUCGAGAAUCGGGGGAAGCCAUGGAUUGAAAAUGAGGAGAAGCUCGAUGGGAAUGGAGAGAUAGCCGAGGUACCGGCGAUAAACGGGACUGGUGAGAGUCACAUCUCCAACGCAAACGGGAAUGCGGACGCGAAUGCGGAGCAGGAGGUUGGUGUAUAUCUGUGA